AUGUCGCGCAACACCAACACCAACACCAAGAUCACGAGCAACCUCACGACCAUGCCUCUCGAGCUCCGUCACGCCGUCUACGACGUGAUCGCCAACACGGAGUACGACAUCAACCACGGUCCCUCCAUCAGCCACUGCAACUACGACUCCAUCACGCCCCUCAACGUAGCCCAGCUCAGCAGCGCCUUCCGCGCCGAGUUCCUCGAGCACCUGUGCACCACAAUCAGCUUCAACAUCCGCCUCAACUUCUGGCCCAGCCCUAUGCCGCAGCCUCCCUUCCCCUAUUUUUACAAUUACGAUCCAAACAAUGAUAACAGCGAGAUCCUCGCUUCACGCCACUGGCUGGAGCAGCUGGGGUCAGAAGCGCCGCUAAAAAAGAUCCGCUUCGUGCUGAAGAACGGCAUCGCCAACAAUAACACGUCACACGACUGGGAGGCGUAUGUGCACGUUCACAUCAAGGCUGAUGGCAUCAGUGUCACGCACGGCAUGUCCCGAUUCGGCUUUCAGGGAGAGAGCGGGCGGAUCCAGAAGGUAGCAGAUGCGAUUCGUGCCAAGCUUGAGGGGAUACAGCAGGAGAGCGGCGGGCGUGUUGGAUGGGACUCGGUCAAGGAGCUCAUUGCUGCCAUCAACGCGUCGCAGGAGGACGGGAAGUUUGUGCGCUGA